AUGGUCGAUCUGAAUCCGCUGCCUACGCCUGAAGCACCAGACAAAGGCAGAGCCGCAUCUCAGGCGCAGACCCUUUCCGCAACCACUCCUUCUCAGCAGUUUAGGCCAGCUCAAGACGUACACGACACUCACCAGCCUGCUCCUAUCAUUGCGGCUCCAGCCUCCCGUAUAGCUGCGCGUGAACCCGUCCUCUCUGCCUUGCCUGUGCUCGACGCAGGGAAGGUGCUCCCAGUUUUGACUGGUGGUCAGAACGGCAUCAACACGACACUUGGCGAAAGUUCAUCGAACUCUCUCGCGGGUGCCGACGUAAGGAUCUCCAGCGCGUCAGACAAGGCUGCUGACAGAAUGGGUGACUCUUCCAGACGGGGCAUCAGCGGUUCCAUUCCAGGCAGCCAAGAGGCGAUGGACGCGUACGACGGCUACACGAGCUUCCUCAGCAGCAGCGCAUCUACGGACGCACCUCACGCUGCCGCUGCUCUUGGAUCGAGCACAGCCAACGCAGAUCCGCUCGCGACCAAACCCUUGGUCAGCGUGCCUGAAGACGAGCAAAUGUCGGGCACAGAGUUCCGCUUGGACGAGCCAGGAUCGAGUGCACAAAGGGUCGACAGCAAUGGAACGCGGUCUAGUGUUGCAUCAAGUGCCUCUCGGUCGCAGAACAGCGAGCCUCAGAACGAUGUAUUUGGUGGAACGAGUGCGAGCUCAGGAGGCGAGUUGAGCUCGCAAAGGCGUUCAGCGAAAUCUUCACGCGACGAGGGUCCUUCCAGCCCAUCAGCGCAAGGGGGAGAUGUGGGUAAACCGCUACCAGGUCUUCCGGCUAAUCGACCCGCCUCUGACCUGCGUCUAAACGGCGCCUGGCCGCCUCCGUCAUCGGGGAUCGGAGCCGAGCAAGCGCUGGCCCCUGCUCGACCUGAUGUAUCCGCGCUACCACCUCAGCACGUCCCCCGACCGGUCUCGUACUCGUCAGAUUCCACCGCUAGGUCCGGCGAUCUUCCUGUGGCGGCAAAUUCCGCUUUCGGGACGCCUUCCAUCACACGGCGAUCUAGCAACAGCCCUUCCAUUGUGGUGCCAGCACAGGUCAACGGAGAGUCACCCCUCUCACCACCUGACGCGGAUCCUGCUCGCUCAUUAGCGGAAAGCAACAGAAGCUCCAUAGAUGAUAUCAGGCGAAUGCAUGCUGCGCGAGCGGCAGCGCGCGGUAACGAGUAUGCUGCGCACACGCCCGAGGCGAGGCAGCCUCGAAGGGUCCCUGGAUCCGAGCCCGGCCGUCCCACGAGCGUCGUGGAGCCCAGAAAUACUGACAGCGCUACCUCAAGCCGAAGCACCAGCCGCAAUGCGCCUAGGGCGCGGAGCAGUGAUGGUCAUGAGUCCGGAGCCAGAGAAAGUCAUCAUUCAAGAGACUCUGCGCGGACACCCCCAAGGUCGGCUGGAAGCGGCACGGCGACAUCUCGGGCGGAGGAGCCAAGGGAUUGGAAUCAUGCUGAGCGAACAGAACGCUCUUCCCAAGGUACGCCCACAAGCGCAGUUGCUUCUUCUUCUGACCGCGAUAGAGAGCGUCGGAGUCGACGAACACUUGGCGAUUACGCAUUAG